AUGGCUAGUCAAGGAUCGGACUCUGCCAACAUGGCAGCUGUUCUUCAGGCGCUGAGGUCGAUCCAGGAUAACCAAUCGGUGCUUACGGAUGGCUUGGCAAGCGUGACGAAGCGGCUCGACCAAUUGUCACCUGAGAGCUCCGUGGUGGCAGCAGCACGGAAGAACAGCACCAGCGGUGGCGUUGGCCUGAGCUCCAGCCCGAUUCCGGCGCCCACAUCCCCAACGGCAUCCCCGGGCCCGGCGGAGAAGGAGACCGCGGCUGUGCAGGCCCAGAAGUCUGGAUUUACCUCGAGGAUCAUCUUGACCACUUAUCCCAAGCAGAUUGGAAUAGAUCCCUUGCCAUUGAACUGGGGUGCCGCCGAACCCACUGAGAGAGGCCCAGUGGUUGUGUCUAGAUCGUCUUCGACCAUUGGCAAGCGAAAUGCUCACGGAGGGUCUUAUUCCAUCUACUUUGCUCUCGCUUUGGCAAGCAAGCAACUCGAUAUCAACCACAGGCCGGAUUUCACCAACACGGAGCCAGCUGCAAACAUCGGGCCCUUCCCGCAAUGGGGAGACAAGAAGAAGAUUGUAGCCAUGGAUCCGUGGGGCCACUUGGGCCCUUGGUUGUUCGCCGACACCAUUGAGAAGCAGAACGUUGACAUUCGACCCACAAUUGCUAUCACUAAGGCGCAUAUGAAGCUGCCUGAACUCGAGGAGAGUGUGCGCAAGGGUAGAAUAGUUCCCGAUGGUAAGAUCUGCUUGAACGCCUCCGGAGAACUUGCUGUUACGAAGUUUGCCGUUGAGCCCGUCUGGUACCUUCCUGGUGUUGCCGAGAGAUUCGGCAUCGACGAGGGAGUUUUGCGACGGUCGCUUUUUGAACAUACUGGAGGCAGUUACCCCGAGUUGAUCACCAGAAAUGACAUCAAGGUCUUCCUCCCGCCAAUCGGCGGCCUGACGGUCUACUGCUUCGGUGAUCCGGCCAAGAUGUCCGACGAGAAGGUUAAGCUGGCCCUUCGUAUCCACGAUGAGUGUAAUGGAAGUGAUGUCUUUGGCUCAGAUAUCUGCACCUGCAGACCUUACCUGAUUUUCGGUAUCGAAGAAGCUGUCAAGGAGGCACAGAAUGGUGGCAGCGGUGUCGUCAUCUAUUUCAGGAAGGAAGGCAGAGCUCUUGGAGAAGUUACCAAGGUAAUGGUGUACAACGCCAGAAAGCGAGGUGAAGACCGCGCCUCGGAUUACUUCAAGAGAACCGAGAACAUCGCCGGAGUGAAGGAUAUGCGAUUCCAAGCCUUGAUGCCUGAUAUCCUACACUGGCUCGGAAUCAAGAAGAUCGACCGCAUGCUCAGCAUGAGCAACAUGAAACAUGAUGCUAUUGUUGGACAAGGCAUUCCCAUCCACGAGCGUAUCGAGCUGCCAGAGGAGCUGAUCCCUGAAGAUUCGCGUGUGGAAAUUGAUGCAAAGAUUACAGCCGGAUACUUCACAACAGGACACCGAAUGACAGACGAGGAACUGAAGGCUGUCCAGGGCCGUAUGUGGGAAGACAUCGACCACUGA